AUGAAAUCACAUCAGCGUCAGCCGCGCGUCGCUCUGUCCAAAGACGAUGCGGACAGGCUCACCCUCCAGAACCAACAGGAAUCUCUCUUUCUCCGCCUCCCCGGCGAGCUGAGAAAUCGCAUAUACGAGUAUGCUUUCUCAGAACAGUGUAUCCUGGUCGGCCGCUCCUUGUCUUCGCGCCUGCAACUCGCCGUAGAGCCCAACGGUUUCUCCCCCCGAGACCAGUACAAGAUUCCUCGCUAUAACUUCACUCGGCUUCUCGCAAUUGCUAUGACAUGUCGACAAGUCUACGCAGAAACCGCCCUCUUGAUUUUCCGACUCAACGACUUCCGCUUUCAUCACGUCGAAACCAUCAAGCAGUUUCUAGAUAGUGUACCAGCUGCGAAGCGUAGAGCUAUCACGGCCCUGCGUCUUGCCUUGUACCCGCCUGCUACAGAGGACAAUCUGUUCAUGUUGGAGGAUUGCGGCAUGAACAGAUUCCGUGGACUAUGCAAGAUUAUUGUCGAGAUGCGAGAGUGGCCAAAGGGAGUCCGGAACAAUGCCGUAGUUCGGGAAGCUUUUCAGCGAUUGCAUCUAAAGGCGUUAGCAUACAGUGUGAUGGCUACGGAUGUUGAGGUUGUGUUUGAGUAGCGAGAAAGCUCUGCUCGCACCUACACGUAUGAGUGUUACCUUCUGAACAUGGAGCUGGUAAGCUCGGAUCUCAAAGGAACAUCAUAGUCCAUAGCGGGAACGAUAUGACGGCUUGGGGUGUGGGUAUGACAUAGAAAGCGAUUAAGUUCAUGUGUUACUGUC